UUCUCAACUCACCAUGGCAAUUUUCAAUAAUACCACUUCAUCAAACUUCUUCCUCACUGCAAUCCCUGGAAUGGAAUCUGCUCAUGUCUGGAUCUCCAUCCCUGUCUGCUGUCUCUAUUCCAUAGCACUCCUUGGAAACAGCAUGAUCUUAUAUAUCAUCAUUAUUGAGAGGCGACUCCAUAAGCCCAUGUACUAUUUUCUUUCUAUGCUGUCAGCUGUUGAUCUAUGUCUAAUCAUAUCAACCCUUCCCACUGUGCUCGGGGUCCUUUGGUUUCAUGGUUUAGAGGUCAGUUUUAAGGUUUGUCUCAUUCAAAUGUUCUUUGUACAUUCCUUCUCCUUCCUUGAGUCUUCAGUGCUGGUUGCCAUGGCAUUGGAUCGCUUCUUGGCUAUCUGUAAACCACUAAAAUAUGCCACUAUCCUCACAGACAAAGUAAUCAUGGUGAUUGGACUAGUCAUCUGCAUAAGACAAAUGAUUCUUAUAUUUCCUAUGAUUCUAGCUUUGAAGAAUAUAUCUUUCCAUGGAGGUCAAGAGCUUGCCCAUCCAUUUUGCUACCACCCAGAUAUGAUAAAAAAUACAUAUUCUAAUCCCUGGAUCAGCAGUUUUUUGGGAAUGUUUCUUCAGCUUUAUCUGUCUGGCACUGAUUUAUUGUUUAUUCUUAUUUCCUAUGUCCUUAUUCUUCGAACUGUCAUGAGCAUCGUGACUCCAAAGAAACAGCAAAAAGUUCUAAGUACAUGUGUCUGUCACAUAUGUGCUGUUACUAUUUUCUAUGUGCCUAUGAUCAGCCUGUCUCUGACACAUCGUCUUCUCAACUCAACCCCAAGAUUGGUCUGUAGCAUUUUGGGAAACAUUUAUUUGCUCUUACCACCAGUAGUGAAUCCUGUUAUUUACAGUUUGAAGACCAAGACAAUUCGCAGGGCUAUGUUCCAACAUCUCCAGUCUAAAAGAGUUCAUGGGUCUACCAUGUGA